GCAUGUCCAUACAGUCUCUCGCCCGCCAACUGUGGGCAUACAUUUUGUUCCCUGUGUAUCCUGAAGUGGUUCUUCUCACACUGCAAGGCGGACUGUGGCCACUGGCACCAUAACAUAGAAUGCCCGCUUUGCCGUACACCGCUCCCCCACAUUGACCAAGAACCCCCACGCAGCCUGAACACCUUUCCGUUCACCUCGAACAGACUGGCGGACGAGGUUAUCAAUGAUCUCGUGAAUAGCAUCGCCGGUCCGCAACAGACAAACAGUGCGAGCAGGAACAAGGACAAGAAGCGCGGUGUGGACGAGCCCGGGUGGCUCGGGUGGCUCCACGGAGGUACUUCACGACGGGAUUGGCAACAACGGGACAGGUCAGGCAGGGCGGAGAUGACCGCAUUGGCAUCAACAUGGGGAAGAAUGCGAGGAGACGAUUUCCUGGCGUUCAGGCGCCGUCUCACGUAG